UCACAACUAAUCUCCAAACCCUAAUUGCCAACUUCGCAUUGCUUUCUCAUUUUGUUUACUUCCACAGCAAGUUAUCUCAUAACCUCUCUCACAACUUUCCAUCAAUGGCUACUACAAACCUACUGCUCCUCCUCUUCACCAUCUUCUUCUCUCUUCACUGCUUCUCCGUCUCCUCCUUCGAAUACCAAGUCGGCGGUGACAAAGGCUGGGUCGUUCCUCCCAACGACACCGGAAUCUACAACGACUGGGCUUCCGAGAAUCGCUUCCUCGUCGGAGACUCCAUCCGGUUUAAGUACAGGAAAGAUUCAGUAAUGCUGGUGAUGGAAGAGGAGUACAAGAAGUGCAACUCAAGUAAACCUAAUUUCUUCUCCAACACAGGGAAUACUGUCUAUAAGCUUGACCAUUCUGGACCUUAUUACUUCAUUAGUGGAGUCUCUGGACAUUGUCAGAAGGGACAGAAGAUGAUUGUGAAGGUCAUAGGUGCUGAAGAAGGUGAUGAUCCUUCUCAUGGUGGUGGUGAUGGCCCCAAAAAGUCUGGUGCUUCUCCUUCUGCAAUGGUGCUGUCUAAAAUUUCAUGUGUUCAUCUUGUUCUUGGUUCUGUUGCUUCUGUUAUUUUCUACUAGGUUUGUUCUUUAUUUGUAAUGUCAGUUUGUGGUUUGGUUUCUGUUUCCUAGUUUAGACGAACAGUUUAGUUUAUGUUCACAUUUUAGCCAUUAAUUAAUGUGUUUGUUUAGUUGUUUUGUUGAACUUUUACUAUGGACUUAAAUAUCAGUUUAUUUACUUCUAUCAA